ACUUUGAAAGCUCACUCCCCGCUCAGCGAAGCUCAGGAGAUUGUGAGAACAUUACCCACUGAGUUUCCAUGGCCAACAACCCAUCACAGCUUCUCCCAUCAGAGUUGAUUGAUCGCUGUAUAGGGUCAAAACUAUGGGUGAUAAUGAAAGGAGAUAAGGAGCUUGUUGGCACUCUCAAAGGCUUUGAUGUCUAUGUCAACAUGGUGCUUGAAGAUGUUACUGAAUAUGAGAUCACUGCUGAAGGGAGGCGGAUAACAAAGCUGGACCAGAUUUUACUCAAUGGAAACAACAUUGCCAUUUUGGUUCCUGGUGGUUCGCCUGACCCUGAAUGAAGAUCACUACUUGGUUACUGCUUUUAGUUUUUACACUCAUCUUCAAGGCUCAUUGUUCCUCUAUUUUAACGAGGAUUCUGCGGCCACCUGUAUGUUCUGUUUCAUCAGUUUAGGUCUGAGAUGUGAUUGUAGUCCUCUUCGAAUUCUGUUAAUGCCCUUGAUAUAAGUUGUGAGCCGUAAUGUUCCCCCGAAUCUGCCCAUUUUAUGUGAACUGAUUGAUCUAAUUACUUGGACUCUUCUACUUUUAGUCUGGUACGAAUGAGAGCUAAUUGAUUUAAG